AUGGGCUCCGACGAACAGAGUCAAUCCAUGGCCAAAUUUAGAUUAGAAGAGGCAAACCUCUACUAUACAGCCGCGACCGGUGUAUACAACGACCAACAUAUGCAUGUGUUGAAACUCCCUCACCUGGGAAUGCAGCAGUAUCUCUUUCGCCAAACAGGGUAUCCCUGGGAUGCAGACGUAAUUAACUUAUGUGCUGUAUUGGUUGGUAUCACGACUCCAUCGGUCUGGAGCAAAAUAUCCCCCGCAGACUGUCCAGUUGUGUUCAGCGAUAAAGAACGAGAAAAGGCUAUAGCAGAAUCAGAAUACCUUAAUAUCGAUCUGGAAGGCGGAACCGAGCCGGACAACUUUGAGAAGGUAGUGGAGGGCAAUCGCCAGUUUCGUGUGGAAAUGGUCAGGCAAGCAGAGGUAGGUGAACAAGAAAUUUGCUGGCGUAACUGGCCGUAUAAGGAUGAUGGGGAUAAUAUCAAUAUCCAACAGGCUGAAGCAGAUUCAGUAUGGAAGAAGCGCACCUUGAAACGUCUCGGGCAAGCCAUAUGA